GCCGAACAUGACAAUUAGCAGGUGUGAAUAGUUACAAUAUCACGGCGAAGACCAAUAUAGGCCCUUCGUAAUCAAAUUGUACACCGUGAAAGAUGUAUGAGGAUUCUUGGUACAGUUUUGUACCGGAAACGAGUCGAAGGGAUGAAGCUUCUUCUCAGAAGCAUCGUCGACGAGAAUCGCUGUUGAAGCAAACCAAUGUGCGUGACCCCUUCCCGUUUUGUGAUAUCCCAGGAAUGAGAAGACGCUAAUAUCUUUCUGAGGGAAACAACCAGGCUUCAGAACCUUCUGUUGCAAUCGCCGAGUUAUUUGAGGAGCCUCCAAAUUCUGGCCCUCCCCAAGCUACGAUUGCCAGACGAGCCAAAUCUUACAGCGAUUUCUAUGAGAUUGCUCUUGGACAUCUGAAGAAAGAGCCUGAGAAGACGAAAGGAUCGGAGACGGCGGAAUUUUUCGAUGAGAAAACGGAAAAUUUAUUUCUUGAAAAUUGGUAUGAGGAUUGUGAGGAUGACCUUUUGGAUGCAAGUCAUGAGGAAUACCAGUACGGACCCCCCCCCUCUUGCUCUUAUGGUUCCAGGCUAAAUCAUUGCAAAGGCUUUAUAGAGAUCAAUUGGCUCUCUCAGAACGUCAUCUUGAGACUCUGCUUAAAGACACGACCUCUGCUUUGGAUCUACUGGCUACCUUGUCUGAGUCUUUCAAGGCUGUUGAAUCAGAGACUACAGCUUUCCAGAGCCAGUGUGAGGAUCUGCUAGCGGGACAGAAACGACUGAGAGAUUUGGCGGAUGAGGUCGGUACGGAUUUGCAGUACUAUGCAUAUCUUGAACCUCUCACCAGGCGGUUGAAUGCGCCUGGGGCAGCAAGAUUGAUUAGGAGUGAUGAUUUCUUGGAUAUGUUGAUCAAUCUGAAUACCUGCAUUGAUUUCAUGGAUAAGCGUGUAAGUUUCACAUCUAGUUUACCACAAAACGAAGAUACAUCACUGAAACACGUAGCCCGGAUAUCGAGACUCAACGACAUACAAAACAAGAUAUACAUCUCUUCUCGAAAGAGCACUCAAUCUCGUUCAAAUGGCAGUUUCAUCGUCUCUACGUGAAGUCACAGACGAAGUUACCAAGCAGCUUCGGGCAAAAGAGAAUACAGAAACGGCCGAGUAUAUCUUGCUUUACGGAAAGUACGAAACGAUUGUCAGCGACUUGGGCUCACCAGUGGAGAAAAUACUUAGAACCGGCGAGUUCUCUUUCGCUGGCAAGACCCAGAGUGUUUAUGUUCCUCAGUGGCAAGAGUUCUACCGACAAUUGGUGGACAAUUACAUCAAGAAUCGGGAGCCAGUCGGUCCAGUACUAACAGCCAAACUCAAGAAACUUGCUACUACGGAGAUGAAUGCAGAAAAAGACUUCAAAUAUUUCGCUCGAAGAGCCAUUUCUUAUGUUUUCGAGAUAUGCCAUAACGAGCUCACACUUGCGGAAACGUUCUUCCAAGAUGGCGUUUCUUGGAACAAAGAUAGCGAGCUGGCGGAAAAGAUCGAACAAAAUCGCUUCUCUCAUCUUGCUACUUUGCACAACUUCCUGUCACCGUACCUCAACAAUGGAGAUUUGACGAGGGCUUGCAGUCUGAUUACUUGGCUGGAAGCGACUUAUCUCACCUCUAACGAUGGAGACUAUGAGACUGACAGAAAGCGUGAUGCUCAACGGCUUACAGCUCACGUUUUGCUCGAAAAGCACCUUUGGCCAUUAUCUGAUGGUCUGUUUCUCACUGCUGCUGCUGCCAUCCAGAAUUUCAAGCCAACACCAGAUGACUUGCGAAUUACCGACAAUUCAACUAGACCCCUCACCAGUGACUCAAAGGCCUCUAUAAAAUCUGCUGCCACUGAAUCAAGUGAGACCGCCCAUAGUUUUGCCACACCUGGGAUGGCAAGCGCCUAUCCAACGGUCAAGACUGCCGUCAAGCUACUAGUUAUGUAUAAUGAUCGGGUUUAUGACAGACCAGUAAGUUCUACGACCAAAUUUGUUGAAUCAACGCUAACAACAUCUAAGAGAACCGGAGAUGUAUUAUAUGAAAUUGUCCACCAAGCAACAGAAUCCCUCCAGAAAGCAGCAACAAUCAUAAAACGCAACACCACAAUCAUGGACGCCCAACUCUUCCUAAUCAAAAACCUCAUGCUAAUCGAGAAUCUCUUCAUGACACACGAGAUCCCCGAUUCCAUCCGGCAAUCCGCCGAAUUCGACUUCUCCCCCAUCUGGGACACCAUCAAAGAGCUUCAAGACCGAAGACAGCUGUUCAAUCCACUAGCCUACUUCACGCCUCUCCUCAAAGGUAAACUUCUCCCUGCAGUUGUGGAUCAUCUGCUAGAUGCGAGGAAGGAACUGGAAAAAGUUCUGGUUCAGCAGAUCACGGCUUUUACGAAGCAUUGGCAGGCUAGGUUGGGGGAUAGGGAUCCGAAGAAGAGGAGCGCGAUUGAGAAGGCGACUGCGGAGCUGGAUGUGCUUUUGAGAAAGGUCUUUGAGGAUGAGACUACGAGGGCGGCGCUUUGGAAGAUGAUUCGAGCUGAGGCUGAGGAGAAUUAG